AUGUUUAAUACACUGCAAAGUCUAGCAGAAAAGGGCCUCUUUCAUCAGCUCUCUAUUACUUUAUUAAGUAAUAUUAAUACUAUAACUAAUGACACAUUGUGUAAUAUAUACGAUGAUAUUAUUUUACCUAAUUAUUAUAAUAUUAAUACGGAUACUUUUAUAAAUAUAAGUAUAUUAGUAAGUAAAAAACUAAAUACACAAAGUAGUAUAAAUAUAUUAUAUAAUACACUAAACAUACUAAAUAAUGAAUAUAAUACACAUAGUAGUAUAAGUAAUAGUAAAUAUAGUACACAUAGUAUAAUAAGUAAUAACAAUAGUACAGAACAUAAUGAUAAUAGUGCAACAAAUGAUAGUACAGAGAUGGUGAAUAAUCCAAUUCUGUAUAUAAAUAGACUAAAUAAUAGUAAUUCUGUUAUAUUUAAUGGUAAUAUACGUAUAUUAUUGGAAAUUAGUCUAAAUUAUAUACAGAUAGACCAAUUACAACAGGCACGUAUAAUUCUGUACGAGUGUAAAGAGAUGGAGAUAGAGAGUAAGGAAUCUUUAAGGAUUCUUCAUUUAGGGCUGGGGUUACUUAAUUAUAAAAGUAAAAAUUUUACAAUUUCAUAUAAAAAUUUAGUAGAGUACCUGAAAUUACUAAAUAUGGAAAAGAAAAAAGAAAUAGAAAAUGAAAAAAUAACUGAAAUAAUAGAAACUGUGGUUAGGGCAGGGAUUUAUUCAGAUGAAAUAUAUUCAUUUACAGAACUAAUAAAAAUAUGCAGUACAAUUACAGAAAGUAACUCAGAUGAUAAAAAUUUGAGUGAAAUCAAAAACAAUGAAAAAUUUGAUAAAACAAAAAAUAUUGAAAAUAUUUCAAUAAAAUUAAUAACGGCACUGGAGAAUGACGAUCCAAUGGAGUCAGAACGUAUUUCAAAGGCAUUUGAUGAAGAAAUAGUGGAAUUAGUCAAGAGAAAGGCAGUUAUAAUAAGAUUGCUUAAUUAUUUCUUUAAAAAUCAAGAAAGAACCGUUAUUCUUAAGAAAAUAUCUGAUGAUUUGUCAUUGCCGUUAGAAUUGGUACAAGAAUGUAUAUUACAGAUACUUGGCACUGGUCUAAUGAAGGGGAAUAUUAACGGUAUUUCAGGUGAAUUUAGUUAUACAUGGAUUGGGUAUAAAUAUUUAACAGAGGAAGAGAUAAAAAGCAUUAGAAUGGUUGUAAGAGAGAUGAGGGCACGUGUGGACAGUGUAAGGCAGGAAAUAUAGACUAAAAUAGUACAAUGUGAUAAAACCCGAAUUAACCCGAAUUAUAACUUUUACUACAUUGUGCAAUAUAUUCUAGUGCAGAAAAUAAAUAACCA